AUGGCAAGCAGCCUCGAGGUCAUCCAAGAUCUGGUGAGGAAGGGUGAAGAUGACCACGCUGUUCCUCUGGUUCGACUGAUGCUCGACAACAUGGAUUCACUGUCUGAUCCCUCUCAUCUACAGGUGGUCCGUUUGACUGCUGCUGUAGUGAUCGUGAAUAGCCCUGGGUUUAGCACGGAAGCUCAGAAAUAUACUUCGCGGGACGGGGAGCUAAAAACAACUGUGGCUGUCGAGCUGUCAAAGAAGAUUGAUUGGUUGUUGAAGAAGCAAAUGUUUGAAGAUGCCAUCAAAGUCCUUGAACAAGAAAAACUAGAUCCGCUCGUUCAGCUUGCGGCGACGGAAGAAGGACAGAAAAGCCACAUUGAUCUCAACCCGCGGCUACGACUGGCAAAAGCAUACAUGGGACAGAGAAGAUUUAAAGAUGCCAUUAAAACCCUGGAGCAUGCAAUCACGCACCCGAACGCCGACCAGAAGCAAGUUCCAUUUGUUCACAAGUCACUUGCGGAGGCAUACUCUAAGAUAAACUUUUGGACAUCAGCCAAAAGUCACGCCUUGGAGUCCGUCACAAUGCUCCAGAACACUCUUGGUGAUGAUGAUAGGCACACACUGGCGGCCAUAAAGCUUGUUUAUGACAUCUGCAAAGCGACAAAAGAUAAAGAAGAGAGUCAUUGGGCGGGGUUAUGGAUGAAAUUGGCCGGCAACCAUGUCAUGAGAAUCCAAGAGGAAACAACACCGCCGCAGAAUUCGUCCAUUACCGCCAGAGGCUUCUUUGAAUGUCAGCAGGCCAUGAUUGAGCUAGCAGCCGAUGAUCCUGAGAAGGCGGCUAUGUUAGGUGUUCGCUAUCUUGAAGAUAACUAUGUCACCGAAGAACCAAUCUGCUUCGAGUGCAUCAGAAAUCACCUCAUUCAAGGCGCCUGCCUAUUCAGUGCGAGUGCAACAAAGGCCGUCUGCAAAGCACAUAACUCUGAAUACCGCAAUUUCUCCGUCGUCCAUUUCUUAGCAAUAUCGCGUCCUCGGGUCGAGGAGAAUGGCGAAGGAUGCCUUCAAGAAAUGCGAGCUCUCCUAAACUUCGCAUAUCAUGAUCCAUCUGUCGUCAAUGCGUUGGCAGAGUAUAAACCCGCCGAACUACAAUCGUCCUCGGAUCUUGUAUCUGCAUCCCCGUUGUGGCUGGCUGCCUUCAAAGGAAAGUCACAGAUUGUUGAACAUAUUCUGGCUCUUGAUUCCUCAGAUGCGUCGAUUGGCGCGCGGAGCCUUUGCUCCCUUCCAUGGCUGAUGCGAAAAGGAUAUGUUUCCGAGGAUAGUUCCGUGCUCUCAGUGCGAUGA